AUGAGGAAGUGCCACAAGGCCUUCAAGAUGAAGCGCAACCCCCGCAAGGUCCGCUGGACCAAGUCGUUCCGCAAGGCCGCCGGCAAGGAGAUGACUGUCGACUCGACCCUCCAGUUCGCAGCCCGCCGCAACGUCCCCGUCCGGUACGAUCGCGAUCUCGUGCAGAAGACGCUCAAGGCCAUGGAGCGUGUCUCGGAGAUCCGCUCGCGCCGCGAGCGGGUCUUCUACAAGAAGCGCAUGGCUGGCAACCGCCAGCGGCAAGCUCGACGCUGCGCGCGCUCGUCGCGAGAACCAGCACCUGCUGCCCGCAUGCGUGGCUCCGAGAAGAAGGCCCUCGCCGAGCAGGGUGCCACCGAGGAGGAGAUUGCUGAGCUCGAGAGGGAGCAGGCCUUGUCUGGCAAGAAGAAGAGCAAGGUCUUCGGCCAGGAGAAGAUCCGACAGAGGGUCACUGUCGAUGGCGACAUUGUCGAGGAGCGCGAGGGCGGCAUGCAGUUCGACGACGACGACGAGUCAUUCGACGAAGAGGACGGCGAGGAGGACGACGAGGAGAUGGAUGUCGACUGA